CUUUGGGAAGGAACCCCACUUGGCGAUAAGGACCCUGUCUCCAACCCCCAUCGCUUUCGUUAGCACGACCUACGGAGUAUAGCACGAGGGUACUAUUAUAUAGUAUGGCAUCAUCGUGAUACUCCCGGCCCAGCUAUCGUGGUUCCCUUCUUUACCCGCGAUUGAUUGAGUUCGUUCCGAUCCCGCUCCCUUUUGCCCCGCGGAUAUGACGCACAAUUAUACCUUUCCGGGAGUUGCCGUCGUCACGGGUGCCGGUGGCACAGGCAUCGGUGCAGCGACCGCCAAAGGCUUUGCUUCCGCAGGAUGUGAGAGAAUCGCCAUUACAGACCUCAACCUUUCCUCCUUAGAUCAAACACGGGACGCCAUCCUUGCUUCCCAUCCUCAAGCUCGCUUGAUCGUCAAGGCGGGCGAUAUAUCUGAUGAAAGCUUCGUCGAAUCCUUUAUUAAUGAGGUGACUGGUGCGUUUGGACGACUAGAUUAUGCAGUCAAUUGUGCCGGAAUCCUAGGGGACAAAUUGCGAACGACUGAGACGUCGACCGCGAUUUUUGACCAUAUUAACAAUGUUAAUUAUCGGGGUUCUUGGCUCUGCUCUAGAGCAGAGCUCAGACAAAUGCUGAAGCAAGAUCCGUUACCGGGUCAUGAUUCGAAUCGUGCUCCGCAGCGAGGAGCUAUAGUCAACGUUGCGAGUCAGCUCGGAAUCGUCGGACAACCUAGAGCUCCUGCGUAUUGUGGCUCCAAGGCUGCUGUGAUUGCAAUGACUCGCUCCGACGCAAUUGACUACUCAGCAGAUGGCAUCAGAGUGAACUGUGUCUGCCCUGGGGUUAUUGAGACGCCAAUGACAACGCACAGCGAGGAAGUCCGCGAGCGUCUUCGACCCGCGGUAGAAAUUGCCCCCAUGAAGAGAAUGGGGAAGCCGGAAGAGGUGGCCGAUACCAUCCUCUUCUUGUGCUCGACUUUUGCAUCAUUUGUGCAGGGUCAUGCGCUUGUUGUGGAUGGAGGGUAUGUUAUCAAUUAAACUGCAGAAGAUAAUAAUUAUGAUGAUGAUGAUGAUAAAGAGACGAUAAUCACAUA